AUAUUAUGUUCUGUAGCACCUGUGGGCCUUAUUGGUCAUGGCUGACAGUGACCAGUGGACUGGACUCAUUUCACGAGAGUCAGAAACUGGCGUCAGUUCAUCAGCGACUGCCAUAAAUGUACACAGACAGCCACGGAUAUAGGCCCUACUAGACGCAAGUAGACACCUACAUUCUGGGAAUCCAGAUUUCUCUAUUUGUUUUAUAAAGUAAAGACGGGUUUUGCAUCUGAAAAAAGUCGUCAUUAAAGGAAUAGGGACGUGUGACCUUUUCGUUUUGCUCGAAGAAAAGAAAUCUGAGGAGAACGAAGUUUGCACCUUUUUCAGUGUUUCAAAGGGGAGUAAACUGGACUCGACGGCAACAGGAAAGCGUCUUUUUGUGUUUUCAACAAGCUGGAGAAAUACGUUUCUUUGACAUAGAUUUGUCAUUCUGAGUAGUUGGAGAUCUAAAGUGUGGUUUGGUGCAGGAUUUCAUGAGAUGGCAUGUUGUGUCGUUGGACAAGAAGAGAAUGACGCCAUGUUGACAGGGUUCCCCAGCGAAAGCUACAGAAGGAUGGAAGUUAUGGAGGACAGAUGGAAGAUGAUGUACCACGAGUUUCGUGCGAGAGUUUGUCCAACCACCCAACAACGGCCUGCGCCUGUUGCUGACCUUACUCAAGAACCUUCUCUGUCAGUCCGCUAACCCCGUGGGGGGCUCUGUGCCCAAAAGUGCCGGGUUGGCUACCUUAAGGAUGGAGGAGUACAAGAAGACAAUGGUGGACGAGCAUGACUGUCUUUUGUGUAUCAAAUACACACUCCGAGUAAUGCACGCUCGAGAGGAACUGAUAGAAGACAACAGUGGCCUGCUGACAGUGGCAUCUUGUUUGUUGAGUAACUUCUCCAAGUCACGAGUCACGGCGCUGGAGCAGGAUGGUGCCUCCUCAGACCAGGCAAACAACAUCAGUCCUGUCCAAGUUCCUCAACCCGACUACUUCUCGGAUCGACCAGUGACGUCACACUCAACCUCUGACCUUCUCCAAGUGGGCGUCAACCAUCUGUCAACAUCUCUGCCCCUCCCCAGCCCGAGCAGCGACGGCCACUACGAUGUCAUCUCAUCCAUUCCAGAAAGCCACCGCCCACCCCAACGGCUGAACAACAGCUUUUCAGACAUGAGAAGCCACGGCCUAUCAGAGUCGAGAGAUGUGGGACUUCCUUCUGAGGAGUACAGUGUGGUGAGGCACGCCAAUCCCAGCCACAUGCAAAAUGGCCAGAAGGUUAAUGUGAGAAAUGUCGACCAAAAUUGGACCCUCGCUCAAAAACCCGGUGCAGAUCCGGCUGGUUCUAGGGUGGAUUCGGGGAAACAAAAUGGACAGUUCGACAGCGGGAUCAGUGUGAACUUUUCCGAACACGCGUCCGUAAAUAACGAGCAUAACCCUCAAAAUAUUCAGGGUAGAGCUGAUCACAAUCAGCGAAACGAGCAUGCAAGAGAUCAAGGACUCUUUGAAGCAAGAAACCUGUUCUUCACAGGAGAAACUCGAAACCCUGAAGCUCCAAAAGUUCAUAACAGGAGUUUUGACUUCGGUGUUAAAUCAAAUCCUCGCUUUGACUCAGGCCCGUUAAAGUGGUACAACCCUGGCAUACACCCUUCACAGCAUCAAGGCAAAGUUUCCUCUAACGAUAGAGCCGGCGCAUCGUCGUAUAGUCAGAACCUUGAGAGAAGACUCUGGGAACAAGACCGACCAUCGGCUUUCUCCAAACCGACCAGACUGAAAACACCUCCCCCAGAUUACAACACUGAGGACACCCCAAAGCCCAACGUUUCCCGACGCAUGUCUUUACUUUCAGCAUCAAGAGCAGAGGAGCGUGGUGGUCCUAAAAGGAGCCAAAGUACGCCCUGGCACGGUAUCAAAAUCGAACUGAACGGUUCUGAGGUUCCAGAAUCCAUGCUCGUGUCAGGAUCAAACGAGCCAAACUUGUCAGCUUCCUUAAAUAGCUUGACAGAGAACAACCUUCAGGAGAAUGGAACACACAACCACCACCAUGACACUCGCACUAACUUUAGUUCUGAUAGGUUUAAAGCAGUUGCUUCUCCGAGCAACGAUAACACGGGAGGCCAUUCUUCUCCAACCCAUCUCUCUCAGCCGAAGCCGUAUCCAAACAUGAGCCCGAAAAGUUCCCGCCCAGCGGUGCUUAGAUCACCAACUGCGAUCUCGUCAGAAAAGAUUGGUGAGGCAAAAGGCGCAGGGUUCCAAAGGACGUCAACGUCGCAAACUGCAAGCCAGGAAGUCCACAAGAAGUCCAGUAAUGGAACUUCUCCCAGUAGCAACAUCUACAGAAAUGGUAACAUUAAAUCUGGACAACAGUUGUUGAACAACAGUAGUAGCAAGACAGGUGACCAACAGCAACUGCAGCAAAAUAAGCAAAAUCACCACGAGCAAAAUGGACAGCCUCGGCUUCCCCCCCAGCGUAUGCCACAAAAUGAACAUCAUACGACACAACGACUGUACCCAGAUGUUUCUUUAAUAGAAAAACAAAACGCAGAAGGGUCAAAAGCUAUGGACACGCCAAAAGCCAAAACAGCAUCAGAAUCAAAAGAAAAAGCGGAUGCCGCAACUUUGAAUGAGACAAGAGACUCGAACCUGAGACCACCCAAAGCAGGCAGUAAGGAAGCUGAGCCUCUGAACGGAGCAGACAGCAUGCGUUCAUACAGUGCUGAGAUAGGGAAAGUUUUAAACGAUCUCGACCAAACGUUGGAAUCCCAUGGGUGGAGGGCAUCGCUGAAAUCCCACAUGAAACCCCAAAGGCCACUCAUAGCCUAUGUCUAGCAGAGGUCAUAACUAAUGAAAUACUCAAGAAUCGUUAACAUUUUUAUCCGUCCAAUCUUGAAAAAUAAGACAGUGAAAUUGUGCUGGUAGAACCAUCGUUAAAACGUAUUGUUAUUAUUAUAAUUAUAGCACAAACGUUCAAUCGCAAUAUAAUAAACAAAUAAUAUAAGUUAUAGCGCCACAUACGCUCGUGUCGCUUUUUAGGUAAGGCUGCCCAAUAUGUCUUUCCUUUGAUUAGAAUAUUAGAAUACACUGCUGAAACAAAAUAACAAUAAUAUGGAGAAUUAAGCAUAUUUAGUGUUUCAAUUACAUAAAUUGCAUUAACUUUCAAAAUGCAGUCAUAAUCAUCACACAAAGUUCUCUGUAAACAAUAACUUUGGGUUAACAUCAUUCUCUUUAGUCUUUUUGGAAAUAUUCUGCCCAAAACUAUACAAAAAGAAUAAUAUUAAUAUGCUACACAUUGUAUACAGUUGUUUAAAAAAAUCGAUUUUUCACAAAUUAUUUUUUAUUUUCAUAAUAUGGUUAUGUUAUUAUCUUGUAUAGACUCUACUAUCAGUGUCUGGGGCACUAAGAAAUCAGGAGAAGAAAAUAUUUUCAACUUGUUCAUAUUCUUAAGGACACAGUUCUGUAAAGCACGACUGAAAACCUCCUAUACAUAUUAUAUUUCUUGACGAGGACUUUAAAUCUGGACACACAUGCAAGAACGAUAAACAAUAAGCUACAUGCCGCACUAUGUGUCAAGAAUUUAUAAAAAUAGGAAAAUUCUCCCUGCAUCUUUCCAAACGUGCACCAAUAUCAGUGAGCUGAGUCACGAAAUUGUAGCUUGAAACUAAUCGACUUGACUUUAAUAUAUAUAUAUAUAUUCUUUUCCAACUCUUUUCAGACACAAAACCUUGCUGGUGGGGAUUUGGAAUUGGGCAUU